CAACGACACGUACUGUUGUUGUGUUGAAAUCAUCAGAUCAGCGCGUUAUGAAUAUAAAGACGAGCAUUGUCAUGUGACUUUAUGAUGGACCGUAUCGUCGCUUUAAACGAAAACAGCAGAAGAGCAAAGUCGCAAUAGGAUCUGCCAGCCUGUUUUUUUCACUCUCAUUACUUGUUCUCCAUCAUGGGCCGACUAGACGACGCCGCCAAGCGCAAGGUAGUGGAGCUGAGAGAAGCUGGUUUAAGUUUCCGUAAAAUCAAAGCCGUGCUGGAGCUGGAGAACAUCAAGGUGUCGGCGCAGGCCAUCUACCUGUUCCUGAAGGAGUUUCAAGGCAGAGCCCACAAGGAGGAUGGAGCAGCUGGGAACAGCAGUCACAUGGUGCCGGUUUCGAUGCCGGGCGGCUCUGAGAUGCGGACGGGCAGCUGGAGCGACCAGCAGCUCAGAAACCUCCUCAGAGAAGCUUCUAGAGUUGCCGCUUCUCAGCUGGCUGGAUCCUCAGCCAAUCCGAGAGCGGGACAGCCAUCUGGGACGGGUCCACAGGGUGCGGAUAAAGAUGAGGACAUCAGGAUUGUCAGUGUCACUUCUUUGGCACAAGGCACGCAGCAUGCUGGCGUUCAAGGGCAGCGUUCGGGAGUGGGAACGGGAGCUAUGGGUGCUGCUGCCGCUGCUGCUUUUAUACGAAAACGCCACACGCCCUCUCCUGCCAACCCUAUGCUGGUGGCACGCAAACGGCUCCUGGAUAAAGCUUUACUCCAUAGAGCGAGGGUAAGAGACAGCGGCCCUCAGGGCGGCCAGCAGGUGUCGGUGUCGGUGAGACGAGAUCAGUCCUGUUUCUCUACCUCUGAUGGGAGAAAGCUGGUGUUACCGCAGUCAGCUUCAUACGACCUCACUACAGCCAGACCUCCAAACAUGAGAGCACUACAUCAAGGAGCCAGUCCACACAGGAGGUGGAUGCACCAACGGGUGGGUGUUCCUGUCCGUGUUCCUCAAAAUCCUCCUCGUGUUGGCAUCCGCCUUCCUGAGCCAUCCACGUCUGCGGCGACAUCCCAAAACACAGCCGCCCCUGCUCGUGUCCAGAACGUGAGCAACCAGCCUUCACCUCCUCCUCCUGCUCCUCCUGCCCAGAGGAACGUCCUGGAGCCUGGAGCCGUGAGCAGCCUGCAAGAGCAGAUCCAGCUGCUGGGCAAUGAGCUGAGAAGUUUGGGACUGGCGCUGAGGAUGAUGGUGGACCAUCAAGGCCGACUGGAGAGAGAACAAGCGCAGCAAACUCAAGUCCAGAAGCAGAUCCUCAGCACCCUUCAGGAUCUUGCGACCAAAUUCGACCCUCUGCAGCCCACAUCUGCUCCAGCAUCCUGUUCGAUGGCCUCGUCUGCGGUCUUCAGCCAGGCUCCGACCAAUCAGAGUGUGUACGCUCAGUGCAGUCAAGCCCAAACGCGCUACAACGAGAUCCACGAUUCCGGACUGGAGGGCAUCGAGGUGUUUUCUCUGGACCAGCUCAGCCCGACUGCAAUGAACGGGUUUCAGUCGUGCCCGACCUCCAGCGGGCCCCCGUUCACCCAUGCACAGGGGCGCACGGCAACGUUCACGCAGACGCAAACAUUUGCGUCCAGUGCGCUGCCGUUUGCGCAACCGCACACAGACUCCUUCAUUGGAAUGGAUGGAAAAACCGUAGACCUGGCCUCCACCAGUGCGGAUGGCUCGUUUCAGACCUGUAGUCCGGGGAACCAGACCUCGAGUCUUCCAGUUUCACCGCGCGAUUCUGAGCUGAACAUUAUCAAAGUGGAAAAUGUGUGAAGUGUGUGACUGAAGUCUAGAGAUGUGGUCACACAAAAAAACAAUCGAGAAAUUGAUUCAAAGAUUUUCAAAAUCACUAUUGUCUCUUGAAUUGAUUUUGAGCUUACUUUUAAACAGCAGAAGGCGCUCUAGGAUUUUUUUUUUAUAUAGGAAAGUAGAGAAUUGAAAGGAAAGCAUGGGAAGCAAAGAGAGGGGAAGAAUCAGCAUAGGACCGCAAGGCGGGAAUCGAACUCGGGUCGCCAUGAGCACCGGAGUACAUGUGUUGACACACUAACCACUGCACUACUGGCGCCAACUAGGAUAGACUUUAACAGCAGAUGGUGUUCUCUGUUGACAACAGUUGACUCCUCACACCGUUAGUUUGCCAUGAGAAAAAGAUAUGCAACAACAAAGCCCUCUAGCCCCUUACUCAAAAUACUGAAAUUCAAGUCUCAGUAACUUCGGAUUCAGUAACUUCACCUGGACUUAAACAGCAGAUGGUGCUCUAGCCUAGUUUAAAUAGGCGCUCUAAGCUAGUUUUUAACUGCUGAUGCCUCUCUAGGCUAGUUUUUAACUGCAGACAGUGCUCUAGGCUAGAUUUUAAAAGCAAAUGGUGCCCUCUAGAGUAGUUUUUUUAACAGCAGAUGGCGCUCUAGGCUAGUUUUUUACUGCUGAUACCUCUGUAGGCUAGUUUUUAACAGCAGGCAGCGCUCUAUGUUAGUUUUUAACAGCAGAUAACGCUCUAGUCUAGUUUUUGACAGCAGAUGGUGGUCUAGGUCUUAAAAGCAGGUUGAGCUCUAGGCUAGUUUUUAACAGCAGAUGCCAUUCUAGGCUAGUUUGUACCAGCAGAAAUUGCUCUGGACUAGUUUUUAACAGCAGAUAACGCUCUAGUCUAGUUUUUGACAGUAGAUGGCGCAGCAGAUAACAGCAGAUAACGCUCUAGUCUAGUUUUUGACAGUAGAUGGCGCAGCAGAUAACAGCAGAUAACGCUCUAGUCUAGUUUUUGACAGUAGAUGGCGCAGCAGAUAACGCUCUAGUCUAGUUUUUGACAGUAGAUGGCGCAGCAGAUAACAGCAAAUAACGCUCUAGUCUAGUUUUUGACAGCAGAUGGCGCAGCAGAUAACAGCAGAUAACGCUCUAGUCUAGUUUUUGACAGUAGAUGGCGCAGCAGAUAACAGCAGAUAACGCUCUAGUCUAGUUUUUGACAGCAGAUGGCGCAGUAGAUAACACUCUAGUCUAGUUUUUGCAGAUGGCUGACUAGCCUAGAGCCCCACCUGCUGUUAAAAACUAGCUUACAGAGGUAUCAGCUGUUAAAAACUAGCCUAGAGCACCUAUUAAAACUAGGCUAGAGCACCAUCUACUGUUAAAGUCCAGAUGAAGUUACUGAAUCAGAAGUUACUGAGACUUUAAUUUCAGUAUGUUGAGUAAGGCACGGGGGGCUUUCUUGUAGCACAUCAUUUUCUCAUAGCAAUCUAAUGGUAAGAGGAGUGUGGCUAAGAAUAUUGUGGCUGAUGCAUCAAACUGAUGUCAACAGAGAAGGACCACCACUUCAAAUGCAGAAGCACAUGGUAAGACUUAAUUGAAGGUUAUCAAAACUAUUUUUGUUUUCAGUGGAUUAACGAAAGAAUUAACUGGUCGCCUAAAGAAUAGCAAUGUGCACUAAUCACUGUCUUUAACGACUAGCCUAGAGCGCCAUCUGCUGUUAAAAACUAGCCUAAAGCAUUUUGAACAUCUCUGACUGGAUUUCUUAAAUGUUUCUUUCUUUUUGCCACAGCUCUUCUGAAAUCUGAAUUUCAGUAGCCAAAUCCUUUGGCCUACAGUGUAUUUUGUUGUAUAGAACUCCUGUAGCUUCCUAGAGAAACUUAUAUGAAGUAAAAAAAAAGUUUCCUUUUGUUUUUCAUUUUAUUUAAUUGUAUACUGUAAUUUUGCCUUUUUUAUAGGAAAUAAAUAUCAUAGUAGACAUAGUUUUUGCUGUUAUCUUUGUAUUUUUUUAUAUUCUGUUUAUUUAAUUCUGAAACAUGAAUAAAGCAAUAGUUUGAUGGAU